GCACGGUGCGUUGGAUCAACAGAUAUUUGAAACCAAGGAAGACAGUAGACAGCGUAGAAGGUUAUGUGAUCAUGGUGGCUGUGUUUAUGAUGGUCCUUGCCAUUGGAGCACCCAUGCGCCGUCGAAGUCGGAGCAUCAUUAUAAGAUACGGAGUCGGGGGUGUGUAUAUAUUGAGCUUCCCACUCCUUUCCUACACAGUGGGACUUAUGCAGGCAGGGCAAAUCAAGCACGAGUUGUACCCGGUGUGGGCAAUGUUUCUGGCCAUGCUUUUUGGGGGAACAAGUGCUAUUUCUGUCCAAAAGCUCGACCAGAACAACCAACAAAUGAAGCUCUAUUUUGACACUAUUUUGUUCUCAUGGUACAUCAGCACAGUUUUAGCCGGCUCUUUUGGUACUCUUGGUAGAGAGGUUGGAAACUUCCGUUACAUUCUAUGUCCCAUGGCAUUGCUAUUGGGUUUUAGAACUAUUGAACAAUGGGGCGCGGCAAUGUUAGCAAGCACACCAUCGCGCGAGAAUGGCAUCAACUGGCUGGCCCUCUACAUGAAGAGUGAGCACCUGCUCAGAACUUCCUACAACCCUCAUACCAUGCAGGGAUACAAGUACCCAGUGUUGCUCUAUGAUGGGAGCGCUAAAAUUGAAGAAAGGGAAGUAACACUGGAUAACAUUUGGUGCGACAACAUGGGUAUCUUAUCAUCUUACAAUACAGCUCCUCCUAUUCGUGGUCUCAAGGACCUAUGUCUCUCAUUCACCUUGUUCCAUCUCGUGGUUCGGCGAUACUUUGGCUACACUUGUCCUGAAUCUAAGCUUGACAAGACUCGUGAUCUCGUUUUUGAUGGAUUGUUGCAAGCGGAACAAGACUAUGAAAGGGCAUUCCAAGUGAUUGAAGCAGAGCUAGGUUUUCUCUACGACUUCUUUUUCACCAAGUAUGCUUACAUUAUGUAUGGAAGAGAGGCACGAUGGUGUGGUAUUUCACUCAGCCUCACAUUUCUCAGUAUAGCAGCUGGCACAUGGUCUCUUAGUGUUUUGAACAUGCAUAAUUCCAUUUUGGGCUAUCUUGUGGUAGAAACUAGCACAAGGAACGUCCUGGUCACCAAGAUAGCGUUGGUUGCACUAUCAAUAUUUCAGUUUCUCAAUAUAUCGGCAUAUUGUCUCUCUGAUUGGGCAAAGGUAUCCUUGGUUUGCAAGUAUGUAACUCAACCAUCGUGGCAAGAGAAUGGCUUUAUCAAGAAGCUUCUUUUACUUCAAGGAAGUCCUCAUAAAUGGGUUCAGUAUUGGAGCAACAACCUUGGCCAGUACUCAAUACUUGAUUCCUUUAGUUCCAGUUACUGGGAUCGGUUGAAGCGUUGGCUUCCAAGUGGCAAAGCAGGCAGGCCUAUAGAGUUGACAACGGAGGUGAAGAGGAAAGUUGCAAAGGCUAUCAAGAACUCAAGAAAUGGACUUCUAUCAAAUGGAACCUCUGCAUUGGUGAGACACAAGUGUCAGGAACUACAUUGGGCAUGUAUGAUCAGUCAGGAGUUUACAACCACUCACAGCAUACUGGUAUGGCACAUCGCAACUAGCUACUGCGAGAUUUCCGAAACCAUAAGGCGCCGAGAAGAAUAUGAUGUGCUCCAAAACCAAGUUGUUGCCACUAGCUUGUCCAAGUAUUGUGCAUAUUUGGUCGCAUUUGCCCCGACAUUGCUUCCAGGCAGCCCAAUAGAGACAAAGUUUGCGCUCUCUGAGCUAAUGAAGGAAGCAGAAGGAGUGCUUCAGGGUCUCAUGUCACCAACGGAAAAGUAUGAAAAGCUUAUACGGUUGCGCAAUGUAGCAAUAGAGACAAGACAUGAAGAACUGUUGGCCAAGGGUGUUAUGCUGGGGAAGGCACUAGAGAGCAUUGGAAAUCAUAGAGUCCGGUGGGAUGUAUUGGCAGAUUUCUGGGUCGAAAUGUUGGUGUAUAUCGCUCCGUCUGAUAAUGUAGCUAGUCACAUAGCACAUCUCGCUGAAGGCGGCGAGUUUGUGACGCACGUCUGGACGUUGUUCAUGCACGCUGGCAUCUGUUGGCUUUUGAACGUGCCAUCCUGGAGCGGCCUGCUCCAGCUUCUGCUGCUGCUGCUGCAGUCCCCUAGACGAAGGAGAGCAAGACCAAGGUCUAAGGUUUGUGCGGCGCUCAGAGUAGGAAAUCUUGGCCACAGUCCAGGAGGCAGGAGGCUUUGCCCCGAAUAG